AUGUUUCGGCGGUACCGGGACGAGGAGUUGCGACCAGACAGGUACCACCGGUCGGCGGAGUCUCGUGCGCGAGAGAGAGAAGAAGAGUAUCGUAGCGCGGAGUACCGCGGUCGAUCGGGAGAAGACGGCGAGGGAAGCUAUAGCCGUGGCUAUCGCAGUCGCCCGGACGGCUGGAGUGCGCAUGAAGACAGCCGUAGGCCGGAUGGGAGUCGCCUUUACGAAGGUGCCCACGGUGGAAUGGCUCACGGUGAAUUGGCUCAUGGUGGAGGUGCCCACGGCGGAGGUGUGCACGACAGAGUGGUGCACGGCAGAGCGGUACACGGUAGCAAUGUCCGAACGUACGAGGGGGUAGGUCCUCGUCCUAACCAGGAGGCAGGUCCCCGGAUUUACGAAGCGCCGCGGAUUUACGAAGCACCCCGGGGGUUCGAUGGACCGCGCCGUUUCGUGACGAGGCCACCGCACAGUCGUUGGGAACGGCGCGACUGGACACGGCCGCCCGCCGUCAUGCCACCGGCCUCGCCCCUGCGUCUGGAGCUGGGCGUGCAGGUCCUGGAACGGGGGUCGGAGCCAGUAGGUCGCCGAGCCGUUGAGGUGAGCAAACCCCCGCUUGCGCUGUACGACCAGUCUAGUCAUGACCAGUCUGGUUAUGACCAGUCUGGUUACGACCAGACUGGAUACGACCGCGGGACUCCGAACUACGACCGCACGGACCACGCCCAGGAGCGGCGCUUCGAAUUCGUCAAGACUAAAAACACGUCUGAAGACGGCAGCCCCUUCCAAGACCGGCCCUCAAAAGCGGGUCCUGGAGCCAGCCCCACGGACGACGGCGCCGCCGGUUUCAUGGAUCCUGGUGCCGGGACCGCUUUUGCGGAAUCGCUGGACAAGGCACCGGGUGGAAGCUCCCCGGUUCAGCGAACCGUGAUUGAUACCAGUGUAACCGACCCCGACGCCGCCCCCCGGGCUCUCUCUCCGGUCUUGACCGGCGGACCGCUGCCUGCUGGAUUGUUGCCUGCGGGACCGUUGGUUGCUGGAUCAGGGCGAAGACGCAGUUCCCCUGGGUUGGCGUCUGGCGUGGUAGCAGCCGAAGAACGGCGCUUCCGGGGUGCCAGCGAGGAGCGACGGGUGGGAGCCGAAGGUUCGCGUCAGGUGGCCAUGAUUACUUCGGCGGAGAUGCUCAAUCUCAAGACUCGACGCGAUACUCCUGCUGCGUCGGGCAGCGACGGUCUCGCCAACGCCGACCGAGUCCCGACCCCGCCCGUGGUCUCGAACCCGAUGCCCACUGCUGCGAGUUCAGGGCUGACCACCGGGGUCCCAACCCCGGGACGGACUCCUACCCGAGCCACCCCGACUUUGAAGGUCUCGCGUGGAGGCGCGACUGCGACCAGUCCGGCUGUCGUUCCGAAGGACACCUUCCGACCAACACCUAGUGUGCCGCCUGCAAUCAAAAGGACUCCGACGAAAACGCCGGUUAAAACCCCCCCUCGGGAGUUAACCAAAACCCCGUCACGGGCCCCUAUUCCGACUGGACAACCCGCCGGUCCUUCGACGACCCGUCCGUGGCGGCGAGAUCACGUAUCUCCACCGAUGGCCGAGCCCGGUGCAACGACGGUGAAGGCUCGAAUGUCCACUUUGGGCCUUCACAAAGCCGCCCCCGUGGUUUACAAAGGUGCUCCUCUGACACUCACCGGGGGCGGUUCGCAAUUGCUCGGCGGCCCCACGCGGCCUGGUCCGUCACUGCCCAGUGCACCUUCCCUGCCGGGCACCCCGUCCCUGCAGGGCGUCCUGUCCGGCCGUGUGCAAGUUCCUCCCGGACGGAGCCGGGGCCGAAAGAGCAAGACGCAAAUUCCUGUGGAUCAACUGUUGCUUCCUGGAGAGGAGGAGUCCUCCUCGCCAGCGGAGACGACCCAUAAGCGCCCGGUUGAGGGAGUGCAGAGACGCGGCCGCGAAGAGGACCGCAGAGUCGACGUGGGGAAAAUCCCGAAAAAGAAGAAAAAAGAGGGUGAAAAAUCGGCGACAGAAACAGAUGAGCUAGCCACUGCCGGGACUGAAGCCAAAGACACCUCCAAGGUCACCCCCGCCCAAGUGGAGCCUCAGGCUCAUCUGGAAGCUUCGGCUGGUCGCAGUCCGAGCUUUGUAAGAACAGUGUCUGCCGGAAGCGGUGGCGUUGGUUUUGAACCGCCGACCUCGGAACGGAGGUUCAAACGCGGCAGCCCGUCGGCUGUGGAAGAGCGGAGUCCCCAGUUGACCGAGCUGUCGAUGUCUGUACGGAAGAAGAAUCGUCUCAUCGUCACGAGCGACGAAGACCAGGAGCCGAGCCCGGUCGGACCACGCGAACCCACGACCACCAGACGGCCACUCCCUUCCGGUCAACCCCCUUCCGGUCGAGAGCUAGACGUCGUGUCGUCGGUUCCGUCUCCGCCUUUCAAGGACACGAUCGAGUUUCCGUCACCGCCCAUUUCGCGACUGGCCCACGCCACGUCGCCCCACCUCGGGUCUCGUGACCCGGGGUGGGGCGAUGCCGUUCCUAAGCGAGAAAAAUCUGCCCAGUCGGAAAUGAAGCGCAAAGGACAGGGAGCCAAAUCUUCGGUCAAGAAAGAAAGCCGCAAUGGCAGGGAUCCAGGGAGGGAUCCAGGGAGGGAUCCAGGGAGGGAUCCAGGGAGGGAUCCAGGGAGGGAUCCAGGGAGGGAUCCAGGGAGGGACCCAGGGAAGGUCCCAGGAAGGAACGUGGGUAGGGACCCGACGCGAAGCCGACUGGGAGUUGUCCGACGCGGUCGUCGGGGCGGACGACGUCUGCGACACGAUGAGGACUUGGUGACGACGGGAGGCAUGACGACCAAGGAGGAGUUUCCCUCGUCCAUGCUUUCCUUGACCGUUUCCGGCUCAGCCGAAGAUUCGGACAUGGUGAUCGAGGAUGAAGGUCCAGCUUCCACAACACUAAGUCAUUCAAGCGCGUCCAGCCGUGGAUCGUCGGAGCUGGAAUCUUCCGACGGGGAAUCGUCUUCGGUUGUUGAGUCUUCCGAGGGGGGGAAGCUGUCAGAUGAUUCUCGGAGACGAUUGUCUGCUGCGAGAAACCCAUCUGUGCCCGACGAAGUCAGUGGUGACGAGGUCGGUGGCGACGAAGUCGGAGAGGACGUAGGCAUGUCUGAGGGGGUGAGGGUGCGGCGAUGGACGUCGGGGAGGCAGGAGCGUCAGUCGUUGCGUGCUAUACAGCAUCGAUACAAUGAUUGGUUACCGCUUCUGGCAGGGGUGUGGCCGAUGGAGGAGUUGUUGGACCGCGUGUUUGCGAUGCUCGGCGCGGACGAGGAGGGUCUGAAACGGCGGGCGUCACCGUCCUCCAGUCGCGGUUCGCCGGAGGUGAUCGCACCGCUGCCCCUGCUCCCGCGACGACCCGAGAAGCGUUCGCGACGGGGAGAGGAUCGAGCGCGACGGGGGGAGGACCGAGCGCGACGGGGGGAGGACCGAGCGCGACGAGUGGAGGAGCGGUCGUACCGGACCCCGCCGGAUUCGCGCUCGGCGACGGACGAGGAAAGUAGUAGCCGGGAGGACGAAGGCGUUCGCAGUCGGCGCGGGGGCAGAGAAGGUGGCACAGAUGACGGUGUGGAAACUGACGGCCGGUCGAGCCAAGGGGGUGGAGAGGCGUCGCCACGGAGUAAGACCCGAGAUGAGACGGUGUAUUUAUUGAAUUACGCGCUGGAGAGCGUGGAAGAGCGUAUUGGAUCGCUGAAAGUACGCAGUCGAGAAGAUCUGAUGGGAGUGUUACACGCGGAAGGUUGGUGUCAAUGCUCGACCCACAUUGCGCGUGUACUGCAACAACACGGACUGCAGGAGAUAACAGACAUUGAAGUCACAUUCCCUGCAGUCGGACUGACCACCCGAAUACCCAGCUGUCCCCUAAAGUUUCCUCGCUCAUACAACGAAUGCAUGGUUCUAAAUAAAGCCAUAUUGGAAGGCGACUCCACACUGUCUAACGGGGCCAGUACUGGCAGCGAUAACAGACUGGCCGGUGGGGUGUCAUUGGCGAGUGGUACACUACCGUCGAGAGGUGGCUUGAUGCUCAUCUCCGCCUUGGUCGAAGCUCUGGAAGAGAUCGGUAAAUAUCAUAUUGACGAACCGUCGACUGCCGGCGGAGCAGGGAUUUCCUGGUCAGUCGAGUUCGAUGACGACUUGGUGAACACAUUCGGGACCUUCCGGGUAUUCGACAGCAAGCCGGACGACGUGAUUUUCAAUUUCAUUCGACCGAAUGUCGGGCGUCUAGUGCGAUUCGACUUGAGCAAACUCCUGCUAAAAGACACCCUCAGGAAACGGCACAGCGCAUGGAUACAAUACUGCAACGACAACCUGGACGACAGUGACUAUCCCACUCGCUUUGGAUGUCUACCUUUACGCGCUCUGCUGAAUCCUGACCGACAUGUCGCACUGACACCUGACGGAGGUUGGCCCUGGAGGAUGCCUGGUACUAUUUACGCGGACGUCAAGUCUGGCAAAAUAGAUAAAUUGCUUCUGGAAGCUCAAUGGUUUUCCUUAGGCUCUAAGAAACCCAUUAUUCGUACUCCCGUCGGGACUGGUUCCACCUUAAGUUCCGGCUCCACCAUAGGCUCAGGUUCCUUGCUUGGUUCUGGGUCCGUGCUCGGCUCAGGACCUGCAUCUGCAGAGCCAGGAUUCGAACCUGCGCCCAAUUCGGGGAUGGCAUUGUCGUACUUAAAAACAUAUUGUGAUCGUGAAGGUGACAAAGUGAUUGAGAGAGGCAGUCUCGGUCGGGGUGUGAUGUACGAGGUGCGGGAGUUCAUAGUGGUACCGGAUCGUAGAGACGAUAUUCGUGUCAGGCGAAAUGCACUUGAAAUUUCGCACAAACUCAAAGAGGUCCUAAACGCUCCCGUUGGCAUCUAUGAUCUGGAACGUCCCAGAUCAUCUCCGUUCCAUGGGGAGCAAUUGAGGUCACCGCCGACGACGCGCUCCCCAUCUCGAGUCAUUAGUGGGUUGAAUGCAUGUGGUACCGACGACGCAGGGACUGCUCAGAGAGUGCGGCGCCUAUCGGGCUCCAUUGAGAGUCACCACACAAGCAGCGUUUUGGGGCCCGGCGUGACGUGGGCCGACUCGGCCUUACUAGACCCGCCCGCCGCCCUCCUGCCCUUCUGUCCGCUACAUCUCGAAGGCUCGCUUCGAAAAGCCUUCCGGGACGGCGAAGAAGAAGCACCGAAUGAUUCUGUCGUCUGGACCGAAGGAGAACUCGAGGUCUUCGGUCAAUACAUAUGCACAUCCAACUACGUUCCUAAACGAUGUGCAGCCGUUUGCAACCACACACCCAGACAAUGCACCAUCCUCUACUCCAUACUCAAGUUCUACCUCCGACCACUGCGUAAACCGCAGGGCUUCGCUCACUUCCGCGACACUUUUAUUCGGCCACUGUUUGGCUUUGUUGCUUCCAAGUAUCGAGGAGUGGUUGGCUUCCUGGAUGGUGGGGCGGUCACAGUGGAGCAGGUGCGUUGGUUCAAGUGUAGCCAUUUGGAGGUGCUGCCGCAGCCGUGGGUGGACUUGGAGCUCGGGCCUGUGGCUCGAACCCGACUUCUUGGACCGGUGCCGGCUUCUUCGUUCGGACCGAGUCCUGGACCGAGUCCUGGACCGAGUCCUGGACCGAGUCCUGGACCGAGUCCUGGAAUAGGUCCUGGACCGAGUCCUGGACCGAGUGCUGCAGCGGCGGACGGGGUUCCGGAGGAGGUGGUUGAGGGCUAUGCUGAGGUACCGGAUCAUAGCACGCGUAUUUUGUCAUCGAGCACACGCACACUGUUCCUGGAAACUAACAAGGGCGUGUCUGUGAUCGACCGAGUUGGAGAAGUACCGGGUCGGGCGCUUAGGCUGGCGGAGCGGCUGACGGCCGGACGAGGACCCAAGUCGCGCGAAACGGCCGAGGCCGAGGUCGAGGAGUCGUGCAAGGCUGCGCUGCUCCUGGGUGCCCUCGAACAACCGGGUUUCGGGUCCCAAGUCAAUGCGUUGUUGCGCAACGUCGUCAUGCGCCGACAUUCCAAACAUCGACUACCAAACGCCACCGACGCCGAAGUCUUCGGCAUGAUGGUCAAACAAGACGUGCCUGUCUUGCCACACACACUAGAAGGCCAACCACGUGAAGACCCCGCUUUCGGAAACUUUAGACCCCAGGACCCGAACGUGGCCGCACCGCCGCCGGAAGGACCCCCAAUGGACCCCAUUUUGCGUCUUACCACGCCGCCCAUCCUGGCUGUCAAGAGCCCUACGACGAGCCCUCCGCCGGCCAGUCCAGGUUGA